GAUACACUGAAAAUGGGUGCUUUCCAAUUGAGAUAUCCCUAGACACUUUUAUGCACACGGCGACACAAGUCGCGUCCAAUUGCCGUAACUGCCGACACAACUUUACACAUCCGUACUCAGCUCGAGGGCUACUAGUCAACUUGUGUAACCUUCUGUUUUCUAGGGACAAAUGAAAUAUGCGGUUACAGACUGACGGCGAUUAUGUUGGCAAUUUUCUUUUCGUUUUAUCCUUUUUAAUUAAAAGACAACCAUUAAAGUACACCAUACAAAUACAAAAAUGGACAAUAAAAAUAUUAAAAGUAUCAUUGAAACUAAUUACACAAAUUUUACGUGUGCAACAUGUUUUUCCCUUUUACCAAAUGGAGAAGAAUUGUAUGAACAUAUUUGCUUUAAGGAAAAAACUAUUUAUUCGAAUGAGGGCGUUAUUUAUUGUUUGAGUGAUGAUCAAGAAACUUUCAUCGAAUUUGAUGCCUGUCUACACGCAAUGGUCAAUCCAUUUUAUAUAUCGAUGCUAUCACCCUCAGCAUGGAUUAAAAAAUAUCAAGAUGGACAUGGUUAUGAAGAAUCCUAACCCUCCACUCGAAAGUCGCACAUUAACUUUGUUCCAAUUGAGUCGUGCACAUCGCUACACUUUGUGCCUUCCUGUGUAUGUUUGUGUUAAGAUGUGUUAAACAAUUGGAAAGCACCCUGUGUGACACAGUGUUAAGCCUAUCGCACACAAAAUUGCAUAGCUUGCAUGUGCAUAGCAUAAGACGAUAUGGACCAAUGAGCAUCAAAUAUUAUGUUAUGUAAGUCAAUAUGGCGACUUAAUACUCGAUGCUCAUUGGUCCAUAUGGUCUUAUGCUAUGCACAUGCAGCUAUGCAAUUUCGUGUGCGAUAGCCCUUAGGGCCUAUCCAGACAAACUUGCAUAAGUGCAUAAGCAUAUGCAUAAGAAAAUGGACCAAUCACAUGUCUCAUUUAAGGAAUACUAUACUAUAGCAUAAAAUAUAUACAUAAUGUCGAAAAAUUUUGUGGAUCCAGAAAGCUUGCAUGGCGUAUGCAUAGUGAGCUAAGCCAAUCACGUCUUUUAUAACAAAAUCGUGAUGAAACAGAAAUCAACAUAAAUGUAACAUAUGCACAAGCAAAAGUAAAGUCACUAGAUUUCAUAUCGUUGAAAUUUUAUGCAUACGUGUAUGCAAGAGCUAAUGCCAUUUUAUAGGACAUUACUGUGACAUUAUUUUAGAAUAUCAUCCGGUAAUCUAUAUACUUAUUAUUAUCUAUGAUUAAACCAGUCUGAUUCUCUGACAACCGGCUUCAUUCAGUUUUCGCUCACCAAGUUCCAUUGUGCAGAGUUCAACAACAAUAUUCAGAAGAAAAAAACCUGGAGAAUACUAUAAAUACUGGAGAAGAUGGAAUCAAACAAAGCAAAUGAUUUCACUCAAGAAUAUGAAUAUAAUGAAGCUGAUAUUGAUACAAUUUUAAUAGAUGUAGUAAAAAAUUUUCCUCAUUUAUAUGAUAAAAGUGUAGCCGAUUUUAAAAAUAUACACAAAAAAGAUCGUGCGUGGAUGAAAAUUUCUUCCAUUUUAAAAUUACCAGAUUGUCAAAGCAGAUGGCAAAGGCUAAGAGAAAAAUUUUCUCGUGAAAAGAAAAAAAGAGAAGUUGAAAGUAGAAGCGGCAGUGAGGCAUGCAAAAGAUCUACAUUUUCACUAUAUGAUCAGAUGAAAUUUUUGGAUUCUUUUGUAAAAUCUAGAAAAACUUAUACAAAUUUUAUACCGAAAGGAACACAGUUUCCUAUGGAAAAAGAGAUACAAAAGAAUAUUCCGCAAAAAUCUACAAUUGCAUCUAGCAACUCAUCUGCAAUAUUACAAUCACUGUCACCAUUAUCAUCAUUAUCGCCAUCACCGCCACCACAAUUAUCAGUUUCAACUGCAUCUUCAUCUUCAUCCACACUUGCACCUGCAGCUUUAUUGGAAUCCUCAACCUUAUUACCAAAUAAUGAAAUGUGUGUGCCAUCGAUAAAACCAUGUAUGGAAAUAAUAUCAAAACAUAAAAAGGAAGACAAAGAAAAUAGAAAGAGAAUAAGAGAAGAGACAGAUGAAAUAGAAAAAUCGCUUGUAAAUGUAUCAUCUAUUAUAUCUCAAAAUUAUCUAGAGAAACAGAAAAUGGAUGAAGAUGAUUUUUUUAGUCAAACCAUUGCACACGAACUACGUAAAAGGAAGGAGCCAAAAAAAAUGGAGUUAAAGGGAAAAAUUAUGAAAAUUUUAUAUGAGUUAUAAAGGGUUUACAUAAUAAACAUCCAGCUUUGCAGCUUGAAACUUUGAAUUAUAUGAAGUGUGAAGCAUAAAAAGUUUCAACAUAAAUUAACAUAAAUAUUAAUUAUAUUGAAAAAGAUAAUUCCGUUACAUGUAAAAGACACAGGUUUUUUUCGCAAAGUAUGUU